AUGGCUCCUCUUUCGUCCAAGGCCGUUGCACUCGUUGCACUGUCCUCCCUCCUCGUCACCUACGCCUCUGCCGGCGCCGGGAACUUCAACGACUCCGCCUUCACCGCCGACCCCAACUGGGAGGACGCCAGGGCCACCUGGUACGGCGCGCCCACCGGCGCCGGCCCCGACGACGACGUGAUCGAUGUGCAUUCAGGCGGUGCGUGCGGGUUCAAGAACACCAACCAGUACCCCUUCUCCUCCAUGACAUCCUGCGGCAACGAGCCCAUCUUCAAGGACGGCAAGGGGUGCGGCUCCUGCUACCAGAUACGGUGCACCAACGACCAGUCCUGCUCCGGCAACCCGGAGACGGUGGUCAUCACCGACAUGAACUACUACCCGGUUGCCAAGUACCACUUCGACCUGAGCGGCACCGCGUUCGGCGCCAUGGCCAAGCCCGGCCUCAGCGAGAAGCUCCGCCACUCGGGCAUCAUCGACAUCCAGUUCAAGAGAGUGCCGUGCGAGUUCCCCGGUCUCAAGGUGACCUUCCACGUGGAGCAGGGGUCGAACCCGGUGUACUUCGCGGUGCUGGUGGAGUACGAGGACGGCGACGGCGACGUGGUGCAGGUGGACCUCAUGGAGGCCAACUCCGGGACGUGGACGCCGAUGCGCGAGUCGUGGGGAUCCAUCUGGCGGCUGGACUCCGGCCACCGCCUCCAGGCGCCCUUCUCCAUGCGCAUCACCAACGAGUCCGGCAAGACGCUGGUGGCCGACAAGGUCAUCCCGGCCAACUGGGCGCCCAGCACCUUCUACCGCUCCAUCGUCCAGUACAGCUGA